GCCGCUCCUGCGCUGGGAUUCAACUGGAGAAAGGGCAAAGUGUCAAAACGCAGAGAGAAACUCCUGCUGAAGCGACUGAUCUCCACACUGUUAUAAAGAUGGUGUUUAUUAAAGAGGAGAGUGAAGAUGUGAAGAUUGAAGAAACAUUCAGAGUCAAACAGGAAAAUCUGCAGAAACAAACAGACCUGAUGGUGCUGAAAGAAGAGACUUAUCAAUGGAAUAAAACGGAAGAGAAUCAGUUUGAGAAACACCAAGAAAUAACAACUGAUGAAAAACCCACACUGACUGAAAAGACUUCAUCAAGCGGAGGACCUCGGAAAUCCAAAUCUGCGUGUAAUUUUACUUGUCUUCAGUGUGGAAACUGUUUCACUCGAAAACACAACCUUCAAGUCCACAUGAGAGUUCACACUGGGGAGAAGCCUUACUCUUGCCCUCAGUGUGGAAAGAGUUUUAAGCAAAAUGGCUACCUUAAAGUCCACAUGAGAACUCACACUGGAGAGAGAUGCUACACAUGCCAACAGUGUGGACAACGCUUCUAUAAUACAGGAAACUUUGCACAGCACAUGAGAAUUCACACUGGAGCGAGACUGUACACAUGCCUACAGUGUGGAAAAAGCCUCUAUCAAUCAGCAAACUUGGCAGCGCACAUGAGAAUUCACACUGUGGAAAAGCCUUACUCUUGCAUUCAGUGUGGAAAGAGUUUUAAGCAAAAUAGCACCCUUGAAGCCCACAUUAGAGCUCACAAUGAUGGCAGAAUUUUUACUUGCCCACAGUGUGGGAAAAGUUUUGCUCAAAAGCAAGACCUUGAGAUCCACAUGUUGAUUCACACUGGAGAGAAACCUUACACAUGCACAGAGUGUGGUAAACGUUUCAGAUUUAAAAGCACACUCAAACAACACAUGAUAAGUCACACCAGAGAGAAGCCGUUUACAUGUGCUCAGUGUGGAAGGAGCUUCACAACCAAAUCUAGCCUCAUGAACCACAUGAAUGUUCACACUGGAAACAUAGUGUUCACUUGUGAUCAGUGUGGAAAGACUCUCACACGCAAAGACUCCAUUAAGAACCACAUGAAGACUCAUUCAGUAGAGCGUUUUAGAUGCAGUGAAUGUGGAAAAGGCUUUAAAUCUAAAAGAAGCCUCAACACUCACAUGAAGCUUCACAAUGGAGAGCAGAGUUCUCAAAAUUGAGGCCUUGUCCACCGGAGCUUGGGGCUCUCUCCUGGUACAGCAUGCCAAACAAGUGUGAACUCUUGAAUACAUAUCAAGUUACUGAAAAUGAAACCCUUUGAACACCUGAAGAUUUAAACUCAAUAACUGAGGAGGGGUGAAGAUUUUUUUGUAGUGUAGAUCAUGGGUCACAGCGCAGUACCAGGUUGUAAGAGUUUCAACUUUAUGAUGAACCAAUAACCAUAUUUUUGCACAUUGCACACUUCAAAUGGUCAACAAUGAGAAGAAAAUUAGAAAGAUUAGGGAGGAGAAACUGUCCUACGCCCUUAGAUUGUGUUUUUAAUCAUUCAUAUUAAUUGAUUGUCAUUCACGUAACCGAACACAGAUUUGCCUCCAGUUUUGGGCUUUUGUCUGCACUUUAUAAAAUCUGUUGGCGAAUGAAAGUCCGGCUAACCUCAUGCGAUGUGAACUCGCCAUAAGGUAUUGACAGUGACUGACUGAUGCAGACUCCCUAAACCCUGUUCAGACUACAAAAUGACAUUUCCCAGUUGCAAAAGAUCAGAUUUGUGUUAGAUAAUUAUGUGGUUUUGGGUAACAAAUGAAGACUUUGGUUUCAGAACACUAUACAUUUAUUUUGAUGGACUGAUUUAAGAAAUGAACAAGUUUUUUAUGAAGACCAUUUAAUUUCUGUAUGCAACUAGUUACCUUUAAAGAUAUGUUCAUGUGAGAACUCCCACAUUACUACAGAUAAAUCGGUGUAUGGAAAACCCAGUGUUGCUAUUGUGAAUGAGAACGUGAGUGAUUUGUUAGCUUAUAUGCUAAUUUCAGAAAUCAACAGACUACUUAAGCACUUCAGCUUUUUGUUCAUUUAAAUUAUUAUUUAUAUGCAAUACAUAUUGCACUGCUCAUGAG